GUACAACUGAAACACCCAUUUCUUUCUGUAUAUAAAGGCUAAAAGUGUUCUCUGAACUACCCUGCUCUGUUUCAUCUACUUGUUACACUAGAUCAGGGCAACUUGAACACAAUGGCUCUUUCUGUGCGUACAGGGGGAGGAUCUCGGCAAUUUUCGUCCCGGAGUGGUCUUAGUGGGGGAUCUGUAAGAAUAUCUAGUUCCAGUGGUGUAGGAGGCUUUGGUGGGGGAUCUGGUGGAGGCUUUGGUGUUGCUUCUCUGCUUGGUUCUAGUUCUGGCUUUGGUGGGGGUUUUGGUAGUAGUAGCUUGGGGGGAGGCUUGGGCGGUAGCUUUGGUGGCAGCUCAGUUGGUGGCUUUGGAGGUAGCUUUGGUGGAGGUUUAGGAGGCGGCUUUGGUAGCGGCUCAGGGGCUGGUUUUGGUGGAGGUUUAGGAGGUGGCUUUGGUAGCAGCUCAGGUGCUGGUUUUGGAGGUGGCUUUGGUGCUGGUGGUGGUGAUGGUGGCCUUCUCUCUGGCACGGAAAAGGAAACCAUGCAGAACCUGAAUGACCGUCUGGCUGCCUACUUAAACAAAGUACAUUCUCUGGAGGAGGGUAAUACUGACCUGGAGCAUAAAAUCCGUGAGUGGUAUGAGAAAAAUGGUCCUGGUGCUGGUGGCCCUGGAGCUGGCCAUGAUUACAGCAAAUAUUACCCAAUAAUUGAAGACCUUAGGAAUAAGAUAAUUAAUGCCUCUAUUGAUAAUGCCAGGAUCGUUUUGCAGAUUGAUAAUGCCAGACUGGCUGCGGAUGACUUCAGACUGAAGUAUGAGAAUGAAGCAGCCCUUCGCCAGAGUGUGGAGGCUGAUAUCAAUGGUCUGCGUAGAGUUCUGGAUGAGCUGACUUUGACCAGAGCUGAUCUAGAGAUGCAGAUAGAAAGCCUGAAUGAGGAGCUGGCUUACCUCAAGAAGAACCAUGAGGAGGAACUUCAAGGUUUCCAAGAUAAUGCCACUGGCCAAGUCAGUGUUGAAAUGGAUGCUGCUCCAGGAAUUGAUCUUACCAAGCUUCUGAAUGACAUGAGAGGACAGUAUGAAGUCAUUGCUGAACAGAACCGUAAAGAGGCUGAAGCAUGGUUCAAUGAAAAAAGCAUGGAACUGAAAAGGGAAAUCUCCACCAACACUGAACAGCUUCAAUCAGGAAAAAGUGAAAUCACAGAUCUAAGACGCAUUCUUCAGGGCUUGGAAAUUGAACUACAGUCUCAGCUUGCCAUGAAAAAAUCCCUUGAAGACACAUUGGCAGAAACAGAAGCAAGUUACUGUGCUCAACUCUCACAAAUACAGCUUCAGAUUGGGAAUCUGGAGUCCCAGCUUUUCCAGGUCAGGGCUGAUAUGGAGCGCCAGAAUGCAGAGUAUCAGCAACUCCUGGACAUCAAGACCCGGCUGGAAAUGGAGAUUGAGACCUACCGUCGCCUGCUAGAUGGGGAGUUUGGAAAUGGAUUUGCUGGGGGACAAGGAGGUUCAUUUGAAAGUUCAUCCUUGACAGUUUCCAAAUCACAAACACAAUCACUGGAUUCUUCUAAUGAUCCAACCAAAACCAGAAAGAUCAAAACAAUUGUUGAGGAGGUGGUGGAUGGUAAAGUUGUCUCAUCCCAUGUAAAGGAAGUUGAAGAGAAGAUGUAAGCAAUAGCAUGACACCACAGAGGAUCCCGUCAUUAGAUUGUUUCAUUGACAAGCAUCCCAAUGAAGAGACAUCACAUUGGAUCUCUAUUCUUUUGUCUGAAGCGAUGAGUACAUGUUGCCUUCUUUUUCUUUUGAUUUGAUGACUAGGAUUCUUUUAUACAAAACUAAAAUAAAUUUCUGAAUCUUUGAAGUUUGGUAAUGCAAUAAACAUUCUGUUUCAAAUUA